GACCAUGAAAGAUUGAAUAAAAAAAUUCCCUUCUUAGACUCAAAACAGGACUGACACCACCAGCCCUAGCCUUCUCAGGGGUCUCCUGGAGGGAGGGAGGUGAUUCGUGUAAAGUAUCUGCGCAUCUGAAGAUGGAGGGGGGAAAGCUCGUGAGCACUGGUCCUCAGUUGCUCUCUGAGCUGCAACUGGGGAGGGCACCGGGAAGGUCCCAGGGCGACUACAGAAAAUGUAUCAUCCUUUACUUUAGUUCUACCCCAGUGGCAGUGGAGCCAACUUGGAACCUGGGGUCCAGCCCAGGCCUCCCCUCACCAGGGAAGCCUCCCAGCUGCACAUGUGAGUGCUCAUCUCUUGUCAACCCAAGACCUGCUUCAGGCCUAGGAUAUGCCCCUUAACUCUUCUGAGCCCCAGAUCUCCAUCAGUGAAUGUGCCCACACUAUCUCUGUGGGACUGUGGGAUGCAGAAUGACACUGUCCCUUCACCAACACCCACAGCCCCACUGCUCUGCACCUUCCGUCUAGCCCCCAUCAAAACACUUGUCUUUGCUGGAAUUACCCUGGGUUCUAGAACCUCACCCCUCCUGUCCUCUUAGCUUUGGAAUCCCACUGUUGUGCCAGACAGGGCACUGUGGAACCAGGGGGUUCUGCUGCUGCUCUGGCCAGUGUCCCACUUGCUCCAGCUCUCGGGUCUGAAGAGGCCUCUCUGCGCUCAGGAUUCGGUGGCAGGACCGUGUGGCUGUGCUCUUCUUCCCGCAAGGCAUGAUGCUCACCGUGGCUGCACUCCUGCUCUUCUUCAUACACCUGGGCAUCUUUGCCAGCGACCUGUACCACUUCUACAUCACCCACUACUAUGACAGAAUGAGCUUCUACUACACACCUAUCCUGAUGUUCUCCCAGGUGAUGAGCAUCUGCUGGGCUGCCAUGGGGUCCGUCUACGCUGAGAUGGCAGAUAACAAAUAUUUCCAGUGUUUUGCCCUAAUCAUCUUGAUACUCAAUGGAGUCAUGUUCUUCAACCGCUUGUCUCUGGAGUUCCUGACCAUUGAGCACCGGCAGGAAAGCCACUGAGGCCUGGGGAUGGGGCCAAGGCUGAGAAGGGAUAAGGAAAAGGCUGCUUUGGGUGUUUUAAUAAAGUCUGUCAUUUA